CUGCGCCACUUCCCAGCGCUUCCUGCGCGCCCGGCCGCCAUGGCGACUCCGCCCAAGAGGAGCUGCCCGUCUCCCGCCGGCAGCCCCGAGGGAGCCCGCAUCAAGAAGAUCUCCAUCGAGGGCAACAUAGCUGCAGGGAAGUCAACUUUCGUGAAUAUUCUUAAACAAGUUUCUGAAGAUUGGGAAGUGGUUCCUGAACCUGUUGCCAGGUGGUGCAAUGUUCAAAGUACUCAAGAUGAUGAAUUUGAGGAACUGACAACAUCUCAGAAGAGUGGCGGGAAUGUUCUUCAAAUGAUGUAUGAGAAACCUGAGCGGUGGUCUUUUACCUUCCAGUCUUAUGCCUGCCUCAGUCGAAUCCGGGCUCAGCUUGCCUCUCUCAAUGGCAAGCUCAAAGACGCCGAAAAACCUGUGGUAUUUUUUGAACGAUCUGUAUAUAGCGACAGGUAUAUUUUUGCAUCUAAUUUAUAUGAGUCUGAAUGCAUGAAUGAAACAGAAUGGACAAUUUAUCAAGACUGGCAUGACUGGAUGAAUAACCAGUUUGGUCAGAGUCUUGAACUAGAUGGAAUCAUUUAUCUUCGUGCCACUCCAGAGAAAUGCUUGAAUAGAAUAUAUUUACGGGGAAGAAACGAAGAGCAAGGCAUUCCUCUUGAAUAUUUACAAAAACUUCACCAUAAGCAUGAAAGCUGGCUUCAGCAUAGAACACUAAAAACCAAUUUUGAUUAUAUAGAAGAAGUGCCUAUAUUAACGCUGGAUGCCAAUGAAGACUUUAAAGACAAACAUGACAGUAUGGUUGAAAAGGUCAAAGAGUUUUUGAGCACUUUGUGAUCUUGCUGAAGACUGUCAGCAGCAAGUGAAUCCAGAGUCUUCCAUUUUGCUUGUCUUUGUAUUUCUAUUUGUAUUUCCAUUUUUAUGUCUCU